CUUGCAAGCGACAUUCGUCAGCGAUGGAAUUGCAACAUCCUGCCUUCCUCUCGUAUAGAGUUAGGAAGGAUGAUUAUCUUUUCAGCAAGGAGAAAAUAGAGGAUUAUUUUCUCAUUCCAUCGGAAAAAAAAGAGGGAGAAAGACAUUACGAUGGAUGGAAAUGAGGAAGAAAAAGAAAAAAAGUUCCGUUUUCUUUUAAAGAAUUCGCAUCGCUGAAUAUGUCGCCCGUUUCCCGUUUUCUCUCUUUUAUUUUUUUAUAUUUUCCGUCCCCCCCCCUCCCUCCCCCUUUCUGUGAGUGCUCCCUGAUUUCACACUCUUCGGAUCCUUCGCGCCGAGACACAGGAAAAAGGGUCGUCCCUGAGUCGUCCUGUGCGGCAGUCAAACAGCUUUUCUCACUCACUCAGACACCUGUUGAACAUCUGCCUUUUGUGUCCUCGUCCCUCACUUACCACCACUACUACUACUACUACAACUACUACUACUAGUACUACUACUACUCCUACUCCUGUUACUACUGUUGCUACCUACUACUGAUUUCUUGCCCCGUUUUUUGUGUCCCCGUGUUGUGUUGGUCCGCCUAACCUCUACUCCCACCCCCAAAAAAUUAUUUGUUUUCCUCUACCAACUCGAGACACCUAAGAACACUGUACCCCUAAUUUUGCAGCCUAGCCGCAUAGUAUGUGUGUUGUCCGGAAAUUAGUUGCCGCAUAUGUGUGUCAUUUAACCCAAAAACAUAAAAGACCAAAGGAGAUUCAUGUUGUUAGUUUUUACAAAAUAAUCCCGGUUUGUGCACAUGGGUGUUAGGCCGUGUCUCAAGUUCAGGUUGAAGGUGAUCUAUACAGCUGUAAGUAAUGAUUACAUGUUAGGCCGCAUUAACGAGAUACACAGAGUGCACACAAAAAGUAUAUAUAUAACCAGUGUAACCAUGUGACAGCAGCUCACUUGCAUUUGUCUAUAACUCUGAGGCGGUGGAGGCCCGGAGGCCGAGCCGGCGCGACCGGCCUCGGCUGGGCCGCGGCUCCCUGGCCUCCACCGCGCGUGUGCAUGCUCACCCGCCCUUCCCUCUCUCACACUAGAUACUCAGUGCACGCUUGACACAGACUGCCCGCCCACUCAGGCAUGUAUAAGUGGACAGUGUAAAGACCCCUGCACAGUGCGGGGGGCGUGCGGCGAGCGCGCACUCUGCCGGACCGUGGCGCACGCGGCGCAGUGCUCUUGCCCGCAGUGCUAUGUAGGCCGCCCCAAGGUGGCCUGCAGGCCCGACCCCACCUGUGAUGCUAUCCCCAAGGAGCCCCCCAUAACCACUGGCUGUCGGGGCGACUCCGAGUGCCCCGACAGUCAGGCUUGCGAUCGAGCCCAGUCUCAGUGCUACGACCCCUGCGUCCGCGGAGGGGCGUUGUGUGAAGCCAAUAAGAUGUGUGAAGUCAGGAAGCACGAGCCCACUUGCAUAUGUAAACAUGGCUUUGUCGUAAAUUCAGUGGGCGAGUUUGUCUGUGCGACAGGGCCCAUAGAGUGCCGGGCGAACGACGAGUGCGCGAGCAACCUGGCGUGCGUCAACAGCAAGUGUGUGAACCCGUGCUCGGUAGGCCAGCCCUGCCCGCCCUCCAAGCAGUGUGAUGUGCUCAACCACCAGCCCGUGUGCAUCUGCGUGAAGGACUGCAACCCCUCCGUCACCAUCUGCCUCCGUGACGAGGGAUGCGGCCCCACGGAGGCGUGCGUGUCCUACCAAUGCGUGGACCCCUGCGCCUCGCACGUCUGCCCCGGCGACACGCCAUGCUACGUGGAGGACCACAAGCCACUCUGUAAAUUCUGCCCGCCUGGCUUUACCGUUGACCCUGAGUUUGGAUGCGUUAAAGCAAUCGGAUGCCGAGACGACUCCGAGUGCCCGACCAACCAGGCGUGCAUCAACGAGAAGUGCCUCAACCCCUGCGUGGCUCGCAACCCGUGCAGUGCCAAGGAGGAUUGCAAGGUGCAGAACCAGAGGGCCACGUGUGUUGCAGUCGGCUGUCGCAGCAACACGGACUGCCCCAGCAACGAGGCGUGCGUGAACCGAGCGUGCGUCUCCCCGUGUGAAGUCAGCGACCCUUGCGUGUUCAGCGAGCGAUGCGAAGUCAGAGAUCACAUCCCCUUCUGCAUCUCAGGUAGCUCGCCCCUUACCUUACCUCACCUCACCUGCCCAUAA